CGUAUCGUAGUUACAGGUUUCCUGUAGUUUUUUUUCUUUAGGAAGUAGCUAGCUAGAUAGAGUAAAUAUAAUUGUGUAUGUCCAUAACUAUUGUAAGACUUUUUAAUUUUAAUGAUCACAAUUACGUGCAUGUUAAUUGUUAAUAUAUAGUGCCUCAGCUUUACUAUAGACGAAAAUGUGAGUAUGGGUAGUUUUGCAAUUUUGGAUACAUUCUAGCGAAGCACUUGCACCACUUGUCUUGGGCGAGUUAGCCAGUUGUUAGCAUGUUGCUAGCUAGUUAGCUAACGUUAGCUUGAUACCUUUGCAGGUGUUCAGCUCAAAUGACGCUUGCUACAGAAAUAUUAAAGGCCCAGUCAACAGCUCAUUAUCAGAUAUGACCCGCAGUAGACAAAGAUAACGUUAAUUAGCUAAGUAAUUAAUGUCAUAUUAAUUAAGGGCAUGUGGAAUAAUAUAUAUAUAUUUGUCACAAGGGGUUUUCUUCAGGAUGAGCAGGCCAAUGUUGGAAUUGUUAAGUGGGCUUCCUCCAAUUAACAGGGAGCCAUAACCCUCAAAAGAAAAGCUAUUUUUUCCAAGGAAGCAGAGAGCGGGGCAUUUGGCAGGAGCCACAGGAAUAGGGCAGUGAAAUUCCAGGGAGUGGUGUGGAACGUCAGGACCAGAGUCAGGAAGAUUCAGUGCUAGGUCAGUCACCAUGGGUGGUGUAACGGGACCAGUUUUCCUGUGGCUACAGGAUGUGUUAGGGGUAACUCUCCUCAGAGCCCGCAGGACUCUACUGCAGGCUGCCAUCCUCUCCUGCGUUCUAGUGCUGCUGGUCUGGGUGGCCAUCUUCCUCUAUGGCAGCUUCUACUACUCCUAUAUGCCCACCGUCAGCUUUUCUACACCAGUCCACUACCACUACAGUACCGAUUGUGAUGCUUCCAAUUCAGUCCUCUGCUCUUUUCCCAUGGCUAACAUCUCGCUGCUAAAGAAUGGCAAAGACCAGGUUAUGAUUUAUGGUCAGCCAUAUCGAAUCUCUUUAGAGUUGGAAAUGCCUGAGUCGCCAGUCAACGAACAUCUUGGCAUGUUCAUGAUUAAGAUGUCUUGCUACACCAAGGACGGCCAGACAGUUGCAGUUGUGGCGCGCUCUGCUAUGCUGCACUACCGAUCUGGUCUCCUCCAGACAUUGAAUACUCUACUGUUCUCUCCUCUCCUGCUGACUGGGAUGACGGAGCAGAAGCAGCUCGUUGAGGUUGAGCUCUUCUCAGACUACAAGGCCAAUUCUUAUCAACCCACUGUUGGUGCGGUCAUUGAGAUCCAGUCUCGGCGUGUGCAAAUCUAUUCAGCUCAGCUCAGGAUCCAUGCUUUCUUCACUGGUAUCAGAUACCUCCUGUACAAUUUCCCAUUGACGUCUGCAGUGAUUGGCGUGGCCAGCAACUUUGCCUUCCUCAGUGUCAUUGUGCUCUUCGGAUACCUACAGUUUAUAUGGGGGGGACUUUGGCCUCCUGAGCAGGUCAGGGUUAUGAUGGGAGACACGACUCGCCUGCAACGUAGAAGAGAAGAGGCUCGGAAGCGCAUGUCCUUCUCACAGACUCAAAUGCCUCAGAAAGAUAAUGAUCGUGUGGCUGAGCAGUUGGAAGAACCUAGACAACAAGCAUCAGAAAUAAAGAAAGUGGAGCUGGAAACACCAGAUGUGAUUGGUUCCCUGAACAAGCCCUCUGGUUUGCCAGAGAAUCAAAAAGCUCUAGAGUCGUCAUCAGAUGUGCCCCUGGAGGCUCCUCAGAUUAACAAGACCGGUGCAAGUCAGGAGGAGCCUGCUGAUCUGGAGGAUAGAGGUGCAGGAGCAGUCCUGUUGGAGGGACCCCAGGUACCUCAGCCAGGGGAAUCUACGCUGCGUCAGAGACAGGGACCCUGGAUGAGUCUCUGAACAAUGGAUCAUCACUCAGACAUUCAAAUGCUCACAGGUCCCUCAAUGUGCCUUUCACCGACAGGCAAAGAGAGAGAGAUUGAUGUAUGGGAUUGAAGCAGAUCGAUUGACAGACUCCCACAAACAUCCUGCACAAAUAUUCCCUAUAGCGUAUCACUUUACUUAGCAUGUACCGUAAUUUAAUAAUAAUCAUAUAAUAUAAUAAUAUAUGCCAUUUAGUAGAGGCUUUUAUCUAAAAAUGACUUUGGACUGUGGCAUAAUAGCUAUGCUCUUUGGUUUUUCAAAGAUCAACCAGUGUCAAGGUUAUAAGCCGCCUUUAGUCAAAUAUUUGUAGGAUUAAGCUCAAUCCUGACUCUUGCAUGACCUUCAGAGCUAUGCAAAUAAUCACUCCGGUCUUUAAGCACUUAUUUAAUUCCCUAGCCUGCAUCAUUGUAGCAGAGACAGUUGUUCAGCCUUUUUGUUUUACGAAUGAGUCUUUAAGGAAUAUGAUUGAGCAGGUACACAAGCAUAGUUGAGAAUGCCUUUUGUUUCUGUGAUUGAAGCCUACGGUUACCAUAAGAAUCAGAGUGCCCUGAGCUGCUGAAUGAUGACCCUGCAGAUUACACUGUUACACAUUUAAAGGUUCUCCAGAGUUAUUCAUCUUAAAUGCAAGGAACAUGCAUUAUGUUUACGCCUCUGUAGAAGGUUAUUGUAUGAUUUAGGAAAUAUAGGAUAUAUGGAAAUAUGCCUUUUAGAGCUAUUACAGGGACCACCACAUGUUGAAUUUAAUUUAAUUGGGCCGAAACAUAUACAGCAAGGUGUACAUUCUAUUCCCAAAGGAUAGCACUUAAAAGUAUUUAUUAAAGCACUUGUUUCCAAAGUGGUCCUUAAUGUUACUUUGUUUUAAAUUAUGUAUUUUUUCUGUUUUAGAUAACUAAAUGUUUCAAGGAGCAAUGAAGGAUAUGUUAAGUUACAAUUGGAAGUUUUGUUGAAAUGUACUCAUAUGAAAAAAAAGUGUUGUAGAAAAUAAAUAAGAUGUGGUCUGUGA